AUCUACAUACAUUCCAUUCUCACUAUUUUCAGUCUAUAAUCAGUCUUUCGUUCUUCUCUCAUCUGUACUCACCACUCACACAUUAAAAAAUAGUUUCUGUGUAAAAAAGGAGAUAUAUUUUUUCUGCUAUUAUACUUUUAAGAAGAAUAUAAAUCAUCUAUCAAUAUAAAUAUGGCUGCCUGGAGACAAGCGGGAUUAAACUACAUCAACUAUUCCAAUAUUGCUGCUAAAUUAUUGAGACGAGCAUUAAAACCAGAUUUAAGAGUAGAGGCUGAGAAAAGAGCAGAAGCACAUAUAAGAAUAACAAAAUGGGUUGAUGGAAAACCAAUUAAUGCUCGUGACUAAAUGUGGUAUGUAGAGGAGUCUGUUUACUAAAUUAAGAAGUUAAGAAGCAAAUAUUUGUAAGAGUAAAGUAUGUACAAUUUGAAUAUAGCCGAGUAAAUAUAAAGUCAAGUUA